AUACUACAAAGCAUCCAGUUAAGAUCGACUGUAUCAGUUGAUUGUACUUCUUCGUGAAGUCAGGUCGAAAUUUUCUUUCUUUGAAAAUGAGCUUUACCGAUAAAGUUAUAAUAGUUACGGGUGCAAGUAGUGGAAUAGGAGCCGAUGCUGCUAAACAUUUGGCUAAGUUGGGUGGGAAAGUGUGUCUAGUCGGACGAAAUGAGAAACUUCUGAAAAAUGUGGCUGAAGAAAUCAAAACAUCUGGUUCUUUAGUGCAGCCAUUGGUUAUUGUAGCUGAUGUGACCAAAGACGCGGAGCAAAUAAUAGGCGAUGCAGUAAAUCAUUUCGGAAAAUUGAACGUUUUAGUUAACAAUGCUGGCAUUUUGCAAAGCGAUAGUGUGAGCAACUUCAGCAUCACUCAAUUUGAUGAUAUUUUUAACACUAACUUAAGAGCGGUCGCAAUAUUAACAAGUUUGGCAGUGCCACAUUUGGAAAAGACAAAGGGAAACAUUGUGAAUGUUUCGAGUGUUGCUGGAUUGAAAGCAUUUCCGGGUAUUUUGAGCUACUGCAUAUCUAAAGCAGCGCUAGACCAAUUCACAAAAUGUGUGGCCCUGGAAUUGGCAUCUAAAGGAGUUCGUGUAAAUUCGAUCAAUCCAGCAAUGAUUCGGACACCGAUUUUUGAAAAAACCGGAAUGAGUGUCGAAGAAGCUGAUAAACGGAUGGAAGCUGGUAAAGAUGUGCAUCCAAUUGGACGAAUUGGUGAACCCUCAGACACAUCAGAAGCAAUCGCAUAUUUAGCUAGUGAUUCUGCAUCGUUCAUUACCGGCGUUCUAUUUCCUGUCGAUGGAGGAUUUCUGAUGAAAUAAAUUUUAGUAUCGGUCGUAAAACCUUU